ACAAGUACACAACUAGAUCCUCCCAAUUGCAAAUCAUUAUGAGCUUUUUCUUUUGCCUCAUUUCACUCUCUCUCUCUCUCGUUUUAAAUUGUUGUAAUAUUUACUUUCGGAGAGUUCAUUUAAUUAAUUUUCAAAGUUAAAUUAGAGAUAAAAUUAAAAUUACAUUCUUAAAAAUUAUAAUAAAAAUACUAAAAAUUAUAAUUUCUCUUAUGACAAAAAGUUUAAAUGUUGAUCAAAGUUUACUUUCACUCUCGAAGCAAAAUAUGACAACUAAAAAGGAGUAUAUAAAUUUUUUUUUGAAAAGUUACAGUUGUUUUAUUUAGUGAAAUUGGAAAAUGGACCGUGGAAAUUACCGACGUGGUGGCGGUGGAGGUAACCGUGGUCGUGGUAGCUCCGAACAGGAGCAAGGCCGAGGAGGCGGAAGGGGUGGGCCCCAGAUGAGUUCAUACAAUCAGCAGCCACCAUUUCAGCCUCCACAGCAAUGGGGUAACCAGCCAAGGGCAUCUGCUCCGGGUCAAUAUCAGGGUCGUGGGGAUCCUUAUAAUCAGCAGGGUACGGGUCAGCUCCAUACAGCUGGUCAGAAUCCGGGUCGUGGUGGUACUGCUUGGGUCAGCCGUGGUGGCGGUGGUACUGCUUGGGCGCGACCACCACCGAAGCAGCGACAACAAGAUGUUAGUAGCGGCAGUGGUACUGCUUGGAUACGGGCACCGCCACAGCAGCCUCAGCAACAUGGUGGUGGCGGCGGCUGUGGAAACCAGCUGCAACGGGAUGUGGAACCGAGUAGAUCAGGAGCCUCAAAUGUUCGUUCUAGGGGUGCACCUUCAGGCUCUAGUCCUUCUCAGUCUUCUGGUCCAAUCCACCAAAUGGAUCGGCAGCCUGUGAAAAAAAUGGUAUAUAUUAUGUUCGUUGAUCAUUCAGGCGCAUUUUCUUUUUCGGCAGUUGAAAGCCAAAAUCCGGACUACUCUCACUUUGUAUCGCUUCCAUUAGCCAUAUAUCCUGAACUGGUAAACAAACUCAUCAACUUUCAGAACUCAGUUCUUGGAAUUACUGAAGUGUCUAAGUCCCCUACCUCAGAAUCAAAGGCUUCAGAACUAUUAGAGUUGGGAAUUGAGAAGUCCAUCUUUAUUAAUCCAAAAACAUUCCACUUGACUGUGCUCAUGCUGAAGCUUUGGAAUAAGGACCGUUUUGAAGCAGCUGCUCAGGUUUUGCGGAGUGUCUCACCAAAAGUACUUGAUGCUUUGGAGAGCCGACCUGUGUCUAUAAGACUGAAGGGUUUGGAGUGCAUGAGAGGGUCUCCGGCAAAAGCUUAUGUUGUAUAUGCUCCUGUGGAAGUAAUUGGUGGUGAAGCCCGACUUUUACGUGCUUGUCAGGUCAUGAUUGAUGCAUUCACUGAAGCUGGUCUUGUUCUUGAAAAAGAUGCAAACCGGAAGUUAAAGUUACAUGCCACUAUAAUGAAUGCGCGACACAGCAGAAGAUCAGGAAAUGCUGAUUCCUUUGAUGCACGAGCAAUUUUUGGUCAGUAUGGCUCGGAAGAAUGGGGAGAGUGUCUUUUACGUGAAGCUCAUCUUUCACAAAGGUUUGUGUAUGGUGACAAUGGCUAUUACCAUUGCUGUGAAUCCAUCCCAUUUCCUGAAGGGAUGUAGCCAUGUAGGGUGUGUUUGGUACGAAGAAAAACAUCUUCAAAAUAAUGUUUCCUAUGGGAAAAUGAGCGAGUUUCUCUCGUAUUUUCUAGUGUUUGGUAAGCAAGCAUGUGAAUAUGUCAUGUAUACUAGUUGGUGAAGACAUUAUAUAUGAUUUCUCGUUAAUCUGUACAUAUUUGAUAAAAUUGUUACUAAAAUUUUAUUGUAUUGUAUUGUAUUGUAUUUUAUUGUUAAAUUCGUUGGUAUGUAAUAACGAAAAGACCCAUUUUAUGUAACAUA